AUGGCGCCAAGAAGGAGCGGGCAGUCUCUGGCCGCAGAGCUCUCGCUUGUCCACCUCAAAAACUGCUUCGUCAACUUACCCCCUUCAUUAGUAUCAUUAUUGCUAAACGUGAACACGCCUAUUCAAAAUGUCAUUGUCGAGCUCACCUUCCGCCACCACUCUCCAGUUGCGCAAUCCGGUACCGGAGGCCAACAACGAUCGAUAUAUGUGGGUUGGACGGGUAUGCCCAGCAAGAGGAAAACCGCAGCCCCUGUUGGACGCGAUGGGAUCAGCAGCUCAAGAUCGCGAGACCAGGAUACGCAACUGGUGGAAAUAGAUGCGACGCUGGCAAAAGCGCUCGACCUUUCCGAGGGAUUGAAGGUCACGGCUACCGUCCAUGUCGAUCCUCCCGUGGCGCAUACGAUCAAUAUUGAGCCAUUGACACCUGAAGAUUGGGAGAUUAUUGAACUUCACCCAACUUUCUUGGAGCUCAAUUUGCAGAAUCAAGUCCGGGCGCUCCCCAACCCCGCCUAUAGUCCCACGGAGGGCGGUGUUCCGAUUCUCUCGAAUACAUUGACACUUCACCUAUCCCCAACUUCAACCGCAAACAUUCGAGUUGUGUCACUAGAGCCGGUGCCUCCAGCCAAUUCCGCUUUCGCAAAGUUGUCCCCAAACGCCGAGGUCAUUGUUGCGCCGAAAACGAGAGCUAAAGCCUCUCAGAGCUCAGGUGACCAUCGAAGUGUCGCAAGCACAUCCAAGUCGAAGCGCAGCGGGGCAAGUACCAUACGUCGAAGGAGCGCUCGAGAGGAAAAGCAGCCGACACUGUUCUUGCGAGGUCUGGACCGAGGGGUUUGCCUUGAUUUCUUUGACGAGGGCCCCGUUCUCCACGAGCUGAGCGUGUGGGUUGAUCGCGAUACUCUCUCAUCUGCUUCAUUCAAUGGCAUUAACUACGUUCUUGUCGAGUUGAUGAAACCCGGUGGUCUUCAGAAACUCCAGCCUGAUGACGGAGCAUCUGCCCCAGAUGCUGCAAAAGGGCUGGCCCCACCCAAAGUUGUUGCCCAUUUGCGACCUUGGGAUGAUCCUCCGAAUGGACAGACUGCCGCUCUGUCAUCACCGCUCUGCGCCGCUCUUGGAUCUCUGGGUCUUGUUGGUGGUGUUGUCAAGAUCCAAGCAGCUACACAGCAACUUGGUCGAGGGGCUGUCAAGCAUGUCAAGAUCUUCCCUUUUGCGCCCAGCUCAGACUCCAGUAGCGGUCUUCGGUUCGGUGGGGAGUCUCGCGCCGAAAAGGAAGAGGCGGCAAAGCAGUUCAGACAUCUUUACUCGAAAACUGCCACGGGUGUUGGUGGAUUAAUAAAAGGUCCAAUCACAGAUGGCACAGUCCUUGGGGUUUAUGAGGGUUUGGAUGCUCCCAAAAGUUGGGAGGGUGGUUAUGUCAAAUUCGAACUUUCUGCGGACCAGACAGCGCAGGAGCAGAGCAAGGACCAUGCACGCUGGCUACUUGGGCUUGACGAUAAAACACCCAUCGAGUUCCAGCCUCCCGUUCCGAAGAAAGACUUUGUCAAGGCGGAGGAAGACUACGAUCUCCAGCCUGCCAACGAUUCCGCUCUGGUGGGUGUGGAUUCAAUUCUUGAGGACUUGCAAGGGCAGUUGUCACAUCUAUCAUCACUGCUUCUGACAGGAGCAAUGGGGUCAGGGAAAACAUCUGUGGCAAAGCAUCUAGCUUCCAAGCUUCGCCAAGACCUCCUUUUCCACACUAUUUACUAUUCUUGUCGCAAGCUAGUUACGGAUGAAACGAGAAUAUCGACUAUCAAGGAGACAUUGAAUCACAUUUUCAUGUCAGCUAGUUGGGGGGCUAGGCUCGGUGGCAAGGCCCUAGUUGUCCUUGAUGACCUGGAUCGGCUCUGCCCUGUCGAAACAGAGCUCCAAGUCGGUAAUGACAACGGGAGAAGUCGACAGGUUAGCGAAAUCGUGCGGUCUGUUGUUCGGCAAUAUUGCAAUGCCGAGAAUGGCGUUGUAUUGCUUGCGACUGCUGAAGGAAAAGACUCGCUGAACAGUGUGGUGGUGAGUGGACACGUCGUACGGGAUAUUGUGGAACUCAAGGCGCCAGGAAAGGAGGCCAGGAGACGGAUCAUGGAGGCCAUUGCAAGAGAAGGCGCCGUUGACGCACCUCGUGACAGUGAAGAAAACGGGUGGGACAAUAGCCGACCAGCUACGGCGGACGGCAGCACCAGUGCGUGCGACGAUGAUAGUGGUGCCUGGAUGGAUGGAGCAAGCCAAACCAGUCGAGAUCGUCCACAGCCACUUACCAACAACGGAUUUCUGCUGGAUCCGGACUUGGAUUUCUUGGAUAUAUCGGGGUCGACGGAUGGAUAUAUGCCCGGCGAUAUCACUGUCCUCGUUUCACGUGCGAGAAACGAGGCAAUCAUUCGAGCUAUUGGAAUAGAUCCCAAUGGCCCCGGGAACGAAUUGAUUCGGUUAACCCGAGUUGACUUUGAUAAAGCUUUGGAAGGUUUCACGCCAGCAUCUCUUCGCAACGUGUCUCUUCAGAGCUCAACAACUACGUUCAAGUCGAUCGGCGGGCUUCAGGAAACCAGGAAGGUUCUCCUCGAAACACUCCAGUACCCUACUAAAUAUGCGCCUAUUUUCGCCCAAUGCCCACUUCGGCUGCGAUCUGGUCUAUUGCUCUACGGCUACCCUGGUUGUGGCAAAACACUUCUCGCGAGUGCCGUCGCAGGAGAGUGUGGUCUGAAUUUUAUCAGCGUGAAGGGUCCCGAAAUUCUCAACAAGUACAUUGGUGCGUCAGAAAAGAGCGUUCGAGAUUUAUUUGACAGGGCUCAAGCGGCAAAGCCCUGUGUGCUAUUCUUUGAUGAGUUUGAUUCUAUCGCACCAAAAAGAGGGCACGACUCGACAGGUGUUACAGAUCGAGUAGUAAAUCAGCUCUUGACCCAAAUGGAUGGUGCUGAAGGGCUCUCUGGUGUUUAUGUUUUGGCUGCCACGUCGCGACCAGACCUCAUUGACCCAGCUUUACUACGCCCAGGUCGUCUAGAUAAGUCGUUGCUUUGCGACCUGCCAGCGCCAGAAGAUCGGCUGGAUAUCCUCAAGGCCCUUUUCCAGAAGGUCAAGCUGGCUCCCGAAUUGAGCGAAUCGGACGACGUUCUCAGAGACAUUGCCGGCCAGACAGAGGGUUUCUCCGGAGCUGAUCUCCAAGCUCUCGUAUCCAACUCUCAGCUUGAAGCUAUUCAUGAUGCCCUCGACGCUGAGCCAUCGGGAGCCCCCGACAAACGGCCCAAUGGGCAGUCCAAUGUAAAUAGGACCAGUAACUUUGUCCAAUUCCAAUACGGAGACAGCCUCUCAGCAGAGGAGACCAGCGCCAAAAGUCAAGCGGCGUGGGCUGUGGAGAGAGCAGCCAUCGUCUCCAAGUUGGAGGAAAUUAAGUUGGCAAAGCGCAAAGCCAGGGACUCCCAAAAAGGCUUGAGAAUGCCAUCUAAGCCAGAGGGUAAGGGAAGUGGUCAAGAGAAGGAAGUUGUAAUUGGGCAAGUUCAUGUUGAAAAAGCCCUUGAAUCGACCAGGGCAAGCAUCAGUUCGGAGGAGCGGUCAAGGCUCCAACGGAUCUAUCACGAGUUUGUGGUUGGACGGAGCGGGCAACUGAAGGAUGGGCAGCCGAGCAUGGAGAUUGGCGGCCGAAGCAGCUUGAUGUAG